GGAUACCUAGUACUACAACAAGUUGUGACUUUUUAAGCUUCAGAUGCAGAUCUUGAACCUCAUACAACUACAAGAAAGCGAACCAUCAACAUGUCUUUUGCCCGCCAGUAUCCAGAUCCGACUGUGCCUGCUCUGGGGCCCAACGGAUCGGUGGUCGCGCAAUGGGGACGAUCUCCUGUAGCUACACGUACUCUGGUGUUUCCGCCGAGCGGUUGGGAGACUGGCGACGCGCAUGUUCCGAC